CUGUGUUUCUCUGUGUGUUUCUCUGUCUAUAAAAAAAAAACUAAAGUCACUAACCCACAAGAGUGUGUAUUUUUGUAGCUACUUUUCUCUGUGUGUUUAGUAGCUACAGAGUUAUCCUUUGAACAAUUUACCUCGACAAUCUCUAGGGGCUCGAUAAACGAUUCAUCUUCUCAAGAAGAUAACAAAAACCCAGGUCAGAUUUUUGGAUUUUAUGUAACCCCUUUCAUUUCUGAUUUUCAAUUUGUCACCUUCCCAAAUACCAUAUACACAUACUGUGUGUUGUUGGGUUUUGUGAUGCAAUAUCAAUUUGUCUUCAUCUGUUAUGUGUCUGCAGAUUCCUGGGGUUACUUGUCAUAAUUUAUGCGGUAUGGACACCACAUUCAUGUCCAGAUGGUGAAAUACCCUUUUGCCAGAUUCAAUCUAUAUUGCUUCUUAAAAUAUAAUAAGAGUAGUAUUACCAACACCCAUCUUCAAGAAAUUGAUUUACUUACUCAUUUACAGUGUAAGAUUGGUACUUCCCAUGAUGGGUAUCAAUCUAUGGUUUGAUACAGCUACAAUUUCUCAUCAAACAAGCCUAUUCUCACUAUCCACCGCUUUUCAAGGACUUAGUUUCUUGGAGUUAUCGUCCAUAUGUGUCAACUUGACGUUGUUUCUUGUGUUUCUGUUUAUUGUAUCGGCGAAGCAGAUAUAUCUGUGUGUGGGUCGGGUUCGAUUUCGGAAGGAUGAUUCGGAUGGUAAUUCAGUACCUGGUAGGAGGAGAGGUGAUGUGGAAAUUCAGAGCAUUGAGAUAGGUAGAGCGUUUAAAGCUUCAGUUUUGUGUAGCUUCUAUGUCUUGUUUGUGCAUGUUGUGGUGUUGGUUUAUGAUGGGGUUGGUUUGGUAAGAAAGGCUACGCAAGGGAGUAGCGUGAAUUGGACUUUGUUACUCUUUCCUGUAAUUCAGACGUUGGCUUGGAUUGUCUUGAGCUUUAAAGCUCUUUACUGUAAGUAUAAAGGCAGUUCAAAAUUCUCAUUGUUGUCAAGGGUAUGGUGGGUGGUGUCUUUUGUCAUUUGUUUGUGUACUUCGUACUCUGAUAGUAGAGAAUUGGCAAUAGAAGGCUCAAGCCAUUUAAAUUCUCAUGUCUUUGCAAAUCUUGCUGUUACACCUUCUCUUGCCUUUCUCUGUUUUGUUGCUAUUAGAGGUGUCACUGGUAUAGAAGUAACUAGAAAUUCUGAUCUUCAGGAGCCGUUGCUCCCUGAAGAAGAACCGGCAUGUCUUAAAGUUACUCCUUACAGUGAUGCGGGACUUAUCAGUUUAGCUACUCUUUCUUGGUUAAACCCACUUCUUUCAGUAGGCGCAAAGAGGCCUCUUGAGCUAAAAGACAUUCCACUUCUUGCUCAACGAGAUCGUUCUAAGACUAAUUACAAGGUUCUAAAUGCAAAUUGGGAAAAAUUGAAGGCUGAAGAUCCUUCAGAGCAGCCUUCUUUAGCUUGGGCCAUUCUUAAGUCUUUCUGGAAGGAGGCUGCCUGCAAUGCAGUUUUUGCAGGAUUGAACACUUGUGUUUCUUAUGUGGGCCCAUACUUGAUCAGUUACUUCGUGGAUUACCUAGCAGGAGUGGAGACGUUUCCUCAUGAGGGAUACAUUUUGGCUGGAAUAUUCUUCACAGCGAAGUUAGUUGAGACCUUAACGACCCGGCAGUGGUAUCUUGGGGUUGACAUUUUGGGCAUGCAUGUGAGAUCAGCUCUCACUGCAAUGGUAUAUCGCAAGGGACUGAGGCUCUCAAGUUCCGCGAGGCAAAGCCACUCUAGCGGAGAGAUUGUUAAUUACAUGGCAGUGGAUGUUCAGAGAGUAGGGGACUACUCAUGGUAUCUUCAUGAUAUAUGGAUGCUGCCUCUUCAAAUCAUUCUGGCUCUUGCUAUUUUGUAUAAAAAUGUUGGUAUUGCAUCUGUGGCUACUUUAGUUGCCACCAUUAUAUCCAUUGUUGCAACCGUUCCAUUAGCUCGGAUUCAAGAAGACUACCAAGAUAAAUUAAUGGGUGCCAAGGACGAUAGGAUGAGAAAGACUUCUGAGUGCCUCAGGAACAUGAGGAUUCUCAAGUUGCAAGCAUGGGAGGAUAGGUAUAGAGUAAUGCUAGAGGACAUGCGGAAUGUGGAGUUCAAGUAUCUUCGAAAAGCUCUGUACUCUCAAGCUUUCAUCACCUUCAUUUUCUGGAGCUCCCCAAUAUUUGUUUCAGCUGUUACCUUUGGCACUUGCAUACUAUUGGGUGGCCAGCUUACCGCAGGAAGUGUUCUUUCUGCUUUGGCGACUUUCAGGAUCCUCCAAGAACCACUUAGGAAUUUUCCUGACUUGGUGUCAAUGAUGGCUCAGACAAAAGUAUCCCUCGAUCGGAUUGCUGGAUUUCUGCAAGAGGAAGAAUUGCAGCAAGAUGCAACCAUUGUGCUGCCUCGGGACACCACAAAUGUGGCAAUAGAAAUUAAAGACAGUGAAUUUUGCUGGGAUCCAUCUUCUCCAACUCCAACAUUGGCAGGCAUACAACUAAAGGUUGAAAAGGGCAUGCGUGUUGCUGUCUGUGGUGUGGUUGGCUCAGGGAAAUCAAGCUUCCUUUCUUGCAUCCUUGGUGAGAUUCCCAGAAUCUCUGGUGAAGUUAGAAUAUGUGGAAAUGCUGCUUAUGUCUCACAGUCAGCUUGGAUACAAUCUGGGACCAUAGAAGAUAAUGUCCUUUUCGGUAGCCCAAUGGAUAAGGCAAAAUAUAAGGCCGUGAUUCAUGCUUGUUCUCUGAAAAAGGACUUCGAGCUUUUCUCUCAUGGAGAUCAGACUAUUAUUGGUGAUAGAGGCAUAAAUCUUAGUGGUGGUCAAAAGCAACGUGUGCAACUUGCAAGGGCGCUCUAUCAGGACGCUGAUAUUUAUUUACUAGAUGAUCCGUUUAGUGCCGUUGAUGCACACACUGGGUCAGACUUAUUUAAGGAGUACAUACUAACAGCACUAGCAACAAAAACAGUGGUUUUUGUUACACACCAGGUUGAAUUUUUGCCAGCUGCUGAUGUGAUAUUGGUCCUGAAGGAAGGUCGUAUCUGUCAAUGUGGAAAGUAUGAUGAACUUCUGCAAGCAGGGACUGACUUCAAUGCUUUGGUUUCAGCUCAUCAUGAAGCAAUUGAAGCUAUGGAUUUUUCGAACCAAUCUCUUGAAGAAUCGGAUAAAGAUCCUUCGCCUGAUGAUUCUGCUUUAGUGACUAAAAUAUGUGAUUCAGUCGAAAAGAGUAUUGACAGUCUUGCAAAAGAAGUACAAGAAGGUGUCUCGGCUGCUGAUCAGAAGGCAAUCAAAGAGAAAAAGAAAGCUAAAAGAUUGAGAAAAAAGCAGCUUGUUCAGGAAGAGGAACGGGAGAGGGGAAAAGUUAGCAUGAAAGUUUAUCUGUCAUAUAUGGCGGCUGCUUAUAAGGGAUUGUUGAUUCCGCUUAUCAUUCUUGCACAGACACUAUUUCAGGUGCUCCAAAUAGCUAGUAAUUGGUGGAUGGCUUGGGCAAAUCCACAAACUCCAGGGGACAGUCCUAGGACGACUAGUGUGGUACUUCUUGGUGUUUAUAUGGCCCUUGCUUUUGGAAGCUCAUGGUUUAUCUUUAUUAGGGCAGUCCUGGUUGCUACAUUUGGUCUAGAGGCUGCACAAAAAUUAUUUUUGAAAAUGCUGAGAACAAUCUUUAGGGCUCCAAUGUCUUUCUUCGACUCCACACCAGCAGGGAGGAUAUUGAAUCGCGUGUCAAUUGAUCAAAGUGUGGUUGAUCUUGAUAUUCCUUUCAGACUUGGCGGCUUUGCUUCAACUACAAUUCAGCUUAUUGGUAUUGUUGGUGUCAUGACAACAGUUACCUGGCAAGUGUUACUACUUGUCAUCCCAAUGGCGAUUGCUUGCCUAUGGAUGCAGAAAUACUAUAUGGCUUCAUCAAGGGAACUAGUUCGCAUUGUUAGCAUCCAAAAAUCUCCAAUCAUUCAUCUUUUUGCUGAGUCUAUUGCUGGAGCUGCAACAAUCAGAGGUUUUGGACAAGAAAAGAGAUUUAUGAAGAGGAACCUUUAUCUCUUGGAUUGCUUUGCUCGACCAUUCUUCUGCAGUCUUGCAGCAAUCGAAUGGCUUUGCCUACGCAUGGAGUUGCUCUCUACAUUUGUCUUUGCUUUCUGCAUGGUUUUACUUGUGAGCUUUCCUCAUGGGAGCAUAGAUCCUAGUAUGGCAGGUCUUGCUGUGACAUAUGGCCUAAACUUGAAUGCACGCCUGUCACGAUGGAUACUCAGUUUCUGCAAGCUUGAAAACAAGAUUAUUUCAAUAGAAAGAAUUCAUCAAUAUUGUCAUAUUCCUAGUGAGGCCCCACAAAUUAUUGAACCUCGUCCCCCAUCGUCAUGGCCAGAAGAAGGAACCAUUGAACUGAUUGAUUUAAAGGUUCGUUAUAAGGAGAGUCUUCCAGUUGUGCUUCAUGGCGUAUCCUGCAAAUUUCCUGGAGGAAAGAAAAUUGGAAUCGUGGGGCGCACUGGUAGUGGCAAAUCUACUCUGAUUCAGGCUUUAUUCAGAUUGCUUGAACCAGAAGGUGGAAAAAUAAUUAUAGACAACAUUGAUAUUUCAACCGUUGGCCUUCAUGACCUUCGUAGUCGUCUGAGUAUAAUUCCCCAAGAUCCAACAUUAUUUGAAGGGACAAUUCGUGACAACCUUGACCCACUUGACGAACAUUCAGAUCUAGACAUAUGGCAGGCACUUGAAAAGUCCCAGCUUGGAGAGGUUGUCAGGAAUAAAGAUCAAAAGCUUGAUACACCAGUCCUGGAGAAUGGAGAUAAUUGGAGUGUGGGCCAGCGACAGCUUGUAUCUCUUGGGCGGGCUUUACUUAAACAAGCCAAAAUUUUGGUGCUUGAUGAAGCGACGGCCUCGGUUGAUUCAGCAACAGAUAACCUCAUCCAGAAGAUUAUUAGGACAGAGUUUAAGGACUGCACUGUUUGCACCAUUGCACAUCGUAUCCCUACAGUUAUUGACAGUGAUCUUGUCCUGGUCCUCAGUGAUGGUCGGGUGGCUGAGUUUGAUACUCCAGCACGACUCUUAGAGGACAAAUCUUCUAUGUUUCUCAAGUUGGUAUCAGAGUACUCAACAAGAUCUAGUGGCAUGCCUGAUUUUUAAUUCGGGUAGCAAAAGCCUGAAGAUUUUGAUGGGAAAACAAAGAAGAGCAGAAUGCCAGAGGAAAAAUGAACUGGCUAGCACUCCUGCCAUUGGGCUAGAAGAAGAAGUAUAAAUGGUGAAGGGGGUAUCUGCAAGCAGCACAAGGGAGCUACAGGUUGAAAUUAGUUACUGCAGUGCUCAAUUCUUCUGUAGGUAUGAUGGGAAUUCAUGCAUUGCCGGCAUACUCUGUAACAUAAAAUAAGCUAGGCAGGAGAGGUUGGUAAUAAGUAGAAAGAGAAGAAAUGUGACGACAAUUUGUAUCUGACAUGAACUGAUAAGCAAAUUUUGAGUAUAUUUCUGAUCUUGUAGAGGACUAACUCAACUUUAGUGCCUACUUUUGUCGAUAAGGUUUAUUAUAUUGACGAGCUUCUAUUUAUCAAUCAAUCCUUGUUAGUUUUGA